AAAUAGCAGAAACACAAACCAUCUGUGCCACGAGAUUGAAUAGCAAGAUAGUAGGGAUGAUAGAGCUGCAGCGAAGGCUUCUUACAUGGAGUCCUUGCCCCCUCUUUCUUUCCCCGUCCACCCAUUACUCCAAAGCCUUCAAUAAGCUCCGAAGUCCCAUUAUUUCUUUCACGAUCUCGGCGACUGUAGAGUCCGUGACUGAAAAGCAGCUAACGGCCAGGGAGAGAAGGCAACUGAGGAAUGAGAGGAGAGAGAGCAAGGCCGCCUACAACUGGAGAGAAGAGGUGGAGGAGAGGCUCGUCAAGAAACCCAAGAAGCGCUACGCUUCUUGGACCGAAGAGCUCAAUCUUGAUAACCUCGCUUUGUUGGGUCCACAAUGGUGGGUCGUCAGAGUCUCCAGAGUCUCGGGUCAAGACACUGCUGACCGCCUGGCCCGAGCCCUUGCCCGAAAUUUUCCCGCCCUGGACUUCAAGGUUUAUGUUCCAUCUGUUCAAAAAAAGAAGAAAUUGAAGAACGGAUCAAUCUCAGUCAAACCAAAAGCCCUCUUCCCUGGGUGUGUGUUCUUGAGGUGUGUACUAAACAAGGAUGUACAUGACUUCAUAAGAGAAUGCGAUGGUGUUGGAGGCUUUGUUGGAUCCAAGGUCGGAAAUACAAAGCGACAGAUUAACAAACCAAGGCCAGUAGAUGCUGAAGACAUUGAAGCAAUAUACAAGCAAGCUAAGGAGGAACAGGAUAAAGCAGAUCAAGCUUUCUUGGAGGAACAUGAAGGUCACAGAACAUCAGAUUUUGAGAAGCUAAAUUUGGAUGCCCUUCCAGCCUCACUAGAUGACGUAGAAUCUAAUACCUCUGUGGAGGCUCAAGGUCGAUCAAGAAAAACUACGAAGCCUCCUUUAGGUUUUCAAUUAGGUGGAAACAGUGUUAAACUUCUUGUGCCAGGCUCAAAAGUUCAAGUUGUUUCUGGGGCGUUUGCAGGAUUUUCAGGCAUCCUUAAGAAGUUCAAUAAGAAGAAAGCAUUGGCGACUGUUAGCUUUACCUUGUUUGGCAAAGAAACUUUAGCUGACUUGGACGUCAAAGAGAUUGUAGCUGAGAAAAAUUGAUUUCUGAAGCUGGGCAUCAAAUUUUAAGGUUGUAUGUUUGCUAACAACAAACAAUAAUUGUUGUCCAUUGGGUAGUAGCAUACCACUCCCGCCUCCCAUACUAUACAGAUGCAUGGGCACAUUGUGCCUAGCUCAAUGUAAUGCUUAUGAAAUAUAAUAGCAGAUAGCACAUAUGUUCACUGUAAGCCAAAUUGCUGUGACAAAGUCAAUUUACACAAUGUCUUUUUGACUUGAGUAUUCCCGCCUGUACUUCAUCUAUUUGCAUUAAGUAAUGAGUUUCUGAAUCAA